AUGUCGAGCAGUGAUGUUAGCAUGCAGCAAUUGACCGAUCACAGCUCGACCGCGAACUUCCAGCAGCAUGCCGAAGAAGCACCCCAGCCCGACUCCGAAGAGCUCACGGCUACUAUUGAGAGGCUCUGCAUGAGUUCAGCAGUGGGAAAGUCAUCAUACUACGGGCCGUCUUCAGCUCUCUCGUUUUCAAGGAUCCUGGGGUCCUCCCUGCGUUCCUUACGCGUUCAAGGACCAGGCCUCACGAUGGGCGGCAUCCGAGACUCGAUACUACAGCAGCUACCACGACCAGAGCCUGCCCCAUUGCCUGGCCAACUGUUUGGCCAACUGCUGGAGAUUUCUUAUUUUGAACACGUACAUCCACAGUAUCCGUUUUUGCAUCGACCUACAUUCCAAUUAUGGCAGGACGAAGUUUACAGAGCAACUGAAGCAGGCAUUCAGCCAUCUCAAAGGCACCUGUUCUUCGUCUACAUGGUACCCCGGCGACUACCUAUCCAGAGGGUAUCGACUGAUUCGGAGCAGGUAUACGCAGUGGGAGCACUGGUUACGCCAACUUCUAGUCCCACUCCAGCGGAGAACUUUGAGGCUGCUGCAGAGACUGCGCUGGAUGCAGUGCUGUCAGACGAUGGGCUUGAAUGUGUGCAGGCUAUCCUUUGCUGUGCGAUGUAUUCGAUGAGAUCGAUCAGCGGUGCAUCGUUGUGGACGCUGUCUGGAUUCGCACUCCGUCAGUGCAUCGAGUUGGGAUACCACCGCAUUACUACCUGGCCGCUGGACAGUGUAGAUGUGCUCACCGCUGAAACCCGCAAGCGAGCCUUUUGGGUGGCGUACACAAUUGAUCGCUCUGCAUCUUUCUCGCUGGGACGGCCCUUUGGUAUUGGAGACUCCGAUAUCAGUGUUGAUCUGCCAUUGGACAUCGAUGAUGAGAAUGUUACCUCUGGCGGUCUUUUGUGCCAACCAAGCGAGGACAACACGAGGUACCCGACGACACUUUCUGCUGCCAUACACGGUAUCAAGAUGAGACGUAUAUGGGGCGACAUGCAGUCCAUCGUCAAUCGACGGGAUCAAACAAACUCUACAACCAAUGCUGAGUAUGCACAGAUUCGACAGAAACUUCAAGACUGGCUCAACACACAUCCCGGACAAGACCGACAGCCUGGAACUUCUUCUGUGGCUUUCGGAUCACGCAAGUGGUAUGAAUUGAGCUACAACCACACGCUACUACUGAUGCACCGUCGCCGACUGGAAGAUCUAACCCUGUCGAGCAACGAGAACCUUGCCUCAGUGUACCUCGAGUGUGCAGCUUCGGCAUCCGCAAUCUGCACGAUCUAUCGAGACUUCUAUCUCACAAGUACUGUCAACUACACCGGAUGGGGAGCUCUCCACGUGCUCUUCGUAGCUGGUCUCGUCUUCAUCCAUUGCCUCUGUGUCAGCAACCAGGUCCGCUCGACGUACAGCAAGCACGAAGUUUCCAGCAUCUGUACCUCAUGCACGAUAGUGCUUGUGAUUAUGACGGAGCGGUGGGCAGCAGCUCAGCCGUAUCGAGACACGUUCAACAUGCUGUCCGAUCGGGCUCAAGCAAUGUUAUCGAAUCAGGAGGGUGGUCGGCAAGAGCUAUCUCUCCCGCUGGUCAAUUCCGAAGAGGCGUCGAGCGGAAUCAACGGCAUUGCGCAGCUGGGAAUGUGCAAUUCGGUUCGCAAUCUUCUCCAUGACAUGGCGAGAUAA